GACGAUAAGCCGGUUGAUUUUAGAGAACAUCUUUCCUCGUCAUUAACAGUAUAUGCAUAUAUAAACAAAUCCGAAGAUCAAACGCCUGUACACGAACAGACGGUCACGCUUUAUGGUUCUGAACACAAAUCAACAUUUCCGUUUUCUCUGAUUUCUCGCAAUUCCAAAUAGAUUCCCCGAGGAGUCAUCAAAUUCUGUCCCUAUAUUUUCGCACAAUCACCCAAUUACAAGACCAAGGCACACAGAUACCGUAUAAUUGAAUUUCGGAUUUCAAUAGCUGAAAUUGGAUUAAAGAGAGCAUGUCGAAAUCGUUACCCUAUUCAAUGAAAGAUGUACACUAUGAUAACGCUAAGUUUCGCCAGCGAUCCUUCUUCAAGGUCAUUACUCAGAAUAUGUUAACUAGUAAUCGCAAACGUGAAUGUGUAAAAUGUACCACGGGAAAGUUUCUUACGUUGCUAAUGAUUUGCGGUUUAGCAUACCUCAUGCUGACACGCAUGAGUUCUAUUCAUCCUUCUACUGAUAGCACUGCUAAAAAUGCUGGGGAUCAGCAAGGAGAAAAGCUCAUUGCGGAUGGAAGUGGUAGAUUAGGAAGAUUAUGGAGAAAGCCACCAAGGCUUCCUCCAUUGUUAACGCCAGAUGAAAUCACUAGUAGAAAUAGAACGAUUCAUAAGUCCGGCAAUUUAAAUGUGGAACUCGACUGGAAUGCCCGGCAACAAAGGGUGAAAGAGGCCUUUAUCCAUGCAUGGUUGGGCUAUAAAAACUAUGCAAUGGGCUAUGAUGAACUUAUGCCACUGAGUCAUAGAGGAGUUGACGGGUUAGGGGGUCUGGGUGCAACCAUUAUAGAUGCUCUUGACACGGCCAUGAUAAUGGGAGCUGACGAAGUUAUUAAUGAAGCUGGCUCAUGGAUUGAAAAAAUUCUUCCCGAGAGGAUUGAUGGAAAAGGUCAAGUAAAUUUAUUUGAAACUACCAUACGCAUUAUGGGUGGUCUUUUAAGUGCUUAUCAUUUAAGUGGGGGUGAACAAGGUAGUAAUGCUUCACAAAAUGGAACUAAACCAGUUGUCUAUCUGGAAAAUGCUAGGAAAUUGGCUGAUCAUCUGCUAAUUGCUUUUACAUCAAGUCCUUCCGCCAUUCCCUUCAGUGAUGUGGUUCUACACGACCGCUCUGCCCAUCCUGCUCCUGAUGGCCUUAGUAGCACUUCUGAAGUUUCUACUUUACAGCUUGAGUUCAAUUAUCUGAGUUCUUUAACUGGUGAUCCAAAGUAUAGUUUGGAAUCUAUGAAGGUCUUGGAACACCUGAAGACUCUGCCAAAGGUGGAGGGACUGGUGCCUAUAUACAUAAGCCCUCAUUCUGGUGAGUUUAGUGGAGAGAACAUUAGACUUGGAUCUCGUGGUGACAGCUACUAUGAGUACCUCAUUAAAGUCUGGCUUCAGAAUCAGGGAAGUAAUUUGACAUACUUGCACAAUAUGUAUGAGGAAUCAAUUAAAGGAGUCAAGCACCUUCUUGUUCGGAAAUCUGUGCCCAACGGAUUGGUUUUUGUGGGAGAAUUGCCUUAUGGGCCUCAAGGUUCUUUCAGUCCCAAAAUGGAUCACCUGGUAUGUUUUCUACCUGGAACUCUUGCACUUGGUGCAACAAAGGGCAUUACGAAGGAAAAGGCUAUGAGAGAAAACUUGCUCUCAUUUGAAGACCUAGAAAAUUUGAAGCUUGCAGAAGAUCUGGCUAUGACAUGUGUUGAGAUGUAUUCAGUAACUUCUACUGGUCUUGCUCCGGAAAUAGCCUACUUCAACAUGGAGGGAGAAAGUGAUAGUGGUCCUGGUGGUGGCAACAAGGAUUCUAAAUAUGCUAAAGACAUAAUUAUAAAACCUGCUGAUCAUCACAAUCUUCUGCGUCCAGAAACCGUUGAAUCAUUGUUCUUCUUGUUCCGCAUCACAGAAGAUCCAAAAUAUCGUGAGUGGGGUUGGGAAAUCUUUGAGGCUUUUGAGAAGUACACAAAGGUUGAUUCUGGAGGUUACAGUUCACUGGACGACGUUACGACAGUUCCUCCACAAAGAAGAGACAAGAUGGAGACCUUUUUCUUGGGUGAAACUCUAAAAUAUUUGUAUUUAUUGUUUGGAGACACAAAUGUUCUUGCUUUAGAUGAGUAUGUAUUUAACUCAGAAGCUCAUCCAUUUCCUAUUCACGGCGGCAGUAGAAAGCAUCGAGGCUUUCAGCAAGACAAAUCAAUUUUGAGCUAAAGAAUGCAGACAUUUCAAAUCCAAUUUUGGCCGGCUCAGGAAGCCUGGCUAUGAGUUGAGAAGUUCAAAGGUGACCUGAUUCCUGCUUUGUUCAGCAACCUCUCAUUGGGUUUACGAACAUUCAUGGAUGGAAAUUUACAUUCGGAUUCUUGAUUAUCACUGCCAACAGAUUGUUCAAAUUUUGUAUCACAGUUAUUAUUACAGAAACUGCUUGAGUUAUUCAAUUGGAUAGAGUUUUACACCUUGGUUGAAAGGCAACCAUGUAAUUGAUAUAAUACCAGUUUUCAGAUAUGAUUCUUACCUUUAGAAAUUCCAUUAGUGGAUCUUUAUAAGAUAAAAUUCAUUUGAAGCA